UCGGGUCGAUUCAUCGGUCCAGGCGUUGUUACUGGCGAUGGGUUUGAUUGGCCGCCCGGCAAGCGCUCAGCUGCGAGUCUGCCCCGCCUUCAACCUUGCGAGACGCCUCGACGUCGCCAUCAACUUAUUUCUUGACAAAGCAAUCCUUUGCUGACCUGCUGGAAAGCGCGUACACUCUUCUCUCGCGUUUCACCGUCUUCGACUAGCAAUGGAUGCGGCUGCCAGCGUUCUUGCGAUACUAAACGCCGUCGUGUCACUUGUUCGAUAUUUCGAUGCUGUCAGGACUGCAAAGCCCGACAUCGAGCGUUUGCAACGCGAGCUCCGCAACCUGAAGCCACUCAUCGAGAGGGCUUGCCAACUCCUUGAAGAACAUGGCGCAAAGCUCCAGACCGCGCGCGAUCUCCGCGAUGGACUCGAAGGGUGCCGUUCGCAGCUCACAGAACUGAAGACGAAGCUGGAGGAAGGGCCGGGUGCCGGCGAUCCGGGGAAACUGAAGGUCAAGCUUGGCCUCGCCUCUCUGAGGUGGCCAUUCGAGAGAAAAUGUGUCGACGCCAUCCUGCAGACCCUCAGACAUUACCGAGACAUGCUCUCCGCAGGUCUCAACAUCGAUCAGAUGUAUGUUGUAACGCUGCCAGGGUGCGUAAAUGCUGACAAUCUAGGGCACUCCACCUGGAUCACUUCGAACGGAUCGACGAUGAAGAGCGGCUCAAGGUUCUCGAAUGGAUCUCACCCAUCCAACACCGGAAACACCACAACACUGUCAGAGAGGCUCGUACUUUGGAUACAUGUGAAUGGUUGCUGCAUCGAGACAAGUUCAAUGAAUGGAAGAACAGCAGCUCGUCAGUUAUCCUGUGGCUUCAGGGUUCUCGUUAGUAUUCCGGUGUCUCCGAGUCUAGACCCUGAGGCUUACCUCCCCAGCUGGCGCUGGUAAGACGUUCCUUACGUCAAAGGUCAUCGACAGUAUCGACGACAAAUUAGACUCCGAGGGCUUUGCGUUCUUCUACUGUAGCCGGA